CAGUCAGAAUUUUGUCGUUACACCUAAUGGAUAUUUGAUUUCACUGUUGGUUAUAUCCUGAACGAAAUGUUAUCACUUGAUCAUCGAGAUUCCAGUAGCUAUAGAAAGUUGAUUGUGGACACAUUACAGUUUUUUUUUUUUUUUCCCUUUCAUAUUUCAACUGCAUAUUACAGUUGAAAUAUGAAAAAUCUUCUUGUGAUGUAUUGUUUUCUGAAAUAGACCCAUUUCACUCAAUAGUUCCUUCAGCGACAUCUCUGCACAUCAUAGUAGCGAGCAUGGUCUUUGAAGUCCAAAAUUGUACUUGUGCAGUAUUGUUCAAGAUUCCAUGUUUUAAACGUAGACCUUUUCUGCCUUUACCAGUAACUAGUGACUUAAAAAUUAUGUGGGGCAAGUAUUUGUUUUGUAGUAUCAGCUUCUUUCUCGAUUUUUUAUUUGAGGUUCCUACAAAAGGAAUCAGUUACAAGUUACAAUCAAAGAAAUCUCUUGGGUUUUCAACUUCUCCUUCCAUUUAAUUCAUUCAUUGCUUUUUUGUGUAUCUCCUGUAACGAAUUUUAAACUUGAUGCAGAUGUGCGAUUACUGGCAAUGGAGGGACACAAUAUACAUAUCUUGGGCGCCCGUAUCAAACAAUUAGGCUGGAAUAAUUGGGGCAAAACUGAAAACGAGAGAACUGCUUGUUUUUACGAGUAUAGGUGUUUUGGGCCAGGUAGUUGCUCAUCGAAAAGAGUAACAUGGGCUAGAGAAUUAGUAGAUGAAGAAGCUCAACAGUUUCUCAUGCAUUCUUUUAUUGAUCCAAACCCAGAAAGGCCUUGGUUGGCACAGAUAAUGGCGUUGAGGAUCCCGUAUUCUGCUUAAAAUUACCAUGAACCCUCUUUUUCUGUAUGUGCUUGGUAGCAGAAUUAAUGGUCCAGCUAGAGUUGUCUCUGUGACUGCAAGAGCAUUUUGAUGCUAACGAGGGUCAGACUUACCAUACUAAAACUAGAUAUGUUACGCAGGUAUCGUAAAAAAUGUUGUGAUUUUCAUUUUCUGCAGGACUAUGGAUGGAUAUUGGAUGUGUUACUUGCCCUCUUCAGCCUCAAGAACAAUGUGAUCACAACUAUAUUUAUGAUUUGUAAAGAACAGUAAAAGAAAAAUUUACUACGGAAAAGAUGUUACUGUGAAUGUAGUGGUGGGAAUCCUCCAAUCAAUGUGAACCACCAGAAAGUUGAGAAAAAACAAAAGAAACUAGAAAAGUUGUGGUGCUCACCUCCCAAUCCGUAGAGUUGCUAACUGGACAGGAUAAAGAUCCAAAUGAGAUCUCUGUAUGAUGAUAGUGCCCUGUUUUCUACUCUUCUUAGUUGCAGCGAGGAUUGAUUGAACAUUAUUAAAAGUGGAAAACCUUUGGGUAUGAGUAAAGUUACAGCAGGUUCGUUUAGUCUGUACUAUAGUGGGUUGAAAGCUGGGCACUUUACAAGAGAAAAAUGGAAGGGGAAGCUAAAGAAGACAGAGUGGAGAUGCCAUGGAGUUGUCAAGAACCAGAUGACAGCGAAACCUGCCAGAUACUCUUCAAGGAUUUCCACUGACAUCCCUCUCAUUGAGUCUCCAGGGGCUUCAUUUGAUCAAUAUUUGGAGGAUAAGCCCAGGGUCUUCACAGCGAUUUUCCCUGACAAAAGGGGGAGCCACCAACUGAAUGAGGAAGAGUGGAGAAUUCAGAUGCUGCCUAUAAACUUUUUGUUCCGAACUGUCUGGCCAACAGUAGACAUGAGACUGAGAUUCAAAUCGGGAGGGAGAGACUAUCCACCAGAAGUACCUGCUGAUAUCACAAAAGUUCUCGAGCUGGACAUUACCAGGUGGGAGCUCCGUGGACCGGACGAGGUUCUUGAGCCGGCUCAUUUCACACUUGGUGUAAAAGGAGCCUUGUAUCCGGAUAGACGGGGAGCACAAAGCAGGCUUAAAGGUCUGAUGGAGAUAAAUAUAAGCUUUGUUCUUCCUCCUGUGCUUGCUUUGAUUCCUGAAGAUGUUUGCAGAAGCGUUGCGGAGUCGGUGUUGACAAGAAUGGUGGAGAACAUGAAGAAUAAAGUUAAUGGCAGUUUGAUUGCGGAUUAUGGUGAGUUCAAGAGGACGAGACCUAAAAACCUCCAGGAUUGAGCUUCAUGGAUUUACCAAGUGGAUUUCAAUAUCUGAUCACUGAUGGUCAAUUAAAUCCAAGCUUAGUAGAUUGGAGCCAGAGAAUAUGGACAGAGGUAGAGAAAGAUCAGUGUCUCUGAUGUAUAGAAAAGUCUUUUUAAUCUGACAUUGUUAGGAUAUGAACUUUGAAGCAUUUUGUAUUUUAUUUGGUACUCUCAUCAAUAUGAGAGGUUUUGUCUAAAGGAAUAUGUUGGCAGGUAUUUUUGGGUUCUUUAAUUGAGGUAUGGAACCAUCCAUGGAUUCCAGGU